UCUGCAGAGAAGGCUAAUCAGUUACUCUGAAGAAAAUUAUAACACGGGUGGAUUGAUCAGAAAACAGAUCCCGACUUGCUUUGAAGAGACCAGAGAAGAUUGCUGAAGAUUUAUUUUUUAUAUAUAAAGUGCAAAAGAAAAAAUGUCCUUUGGGAUGAAUAAAUUGAGCUGUUUCCUCUGCUUUUCAUUCUUCUACUGGACUUCAGCUCUGCAGUGUAGUGGGCAGUGCAGCUGCCCCAGCACCCCGCCCCAGUGCUCCCCAGGUGUGAGCCUGGUGCCCGAUGUCUGCGGCUGCUGCAGGGUGUGUGCCAAGCAGGAGGGCGAGGUCUGCUCCGAGAGGGAUGUCUGUGACCCCCACAAGGGGCUUCAUUGUGACUUUACCUCCUCAGUCAAGCCGACAACUGGAGUCUGCAUAGGUAAAGAAGGUGCCAAGUGUGUGUUCAAGGGUGUGGUGUACAGGAGUGGAGAGUCCUUCCAGAGCAGCUGCAAAUACCAGUGUACUUGCUUGAAUGGGGCAGUAGGCUGUGUGCACCUCUGCGGCAUGAACAUCCGCCUGUCCAGCCCAGACUGCCCCUCACCACGCCGCGUCAAGGUGCCCGGGAAGUGCUGCGAGGAGUGGGUGUGUGACCCCAUCCGCAGCCACCACAGUUUCCUUGGCCCGGCCCUUGCAGCAUACAGAGAGGAGGAGACCUAUGGGCAGGAUGACAAGCUAUCGAGGGGCAACUGCCUGCUCCAAGCCACUGAGUGGAGUGCCUGCUCCAAGACCUGCGGCAUGGGCGUCUCCACACGUGUCACCAAUGACAACAGCGAGUGCCGGCUAGAGAAACAGUCCCGGCUCUGCAUGUCCAGGCCAUGUGGCUUACACAUGGAGCAGAGCCUUAAGAAUGGAAAAAAAUGCCUUCGUAGCUUCCAAGUCUCCAGGCCAAUGAUGUUUGAGUUCUCUGGAUGCAGAUCUGUUAAGUCCUACCGGCCCAACUUCUGCGGCGGUUGCACAGAUGGUCGCUGUUGUGCGCCCCACAAAACUGCCACUCUCCCUGUGGAGUUCAAGUGCCCCGGCGGCCAGGUCACUACCCAACAGGUGAUGUUCAUCAAGACCUGCUCCUGUCACCACAACUGUCCGGGGGAUAAUGAUGUCUUCACCACGGGGCACGGAGGGACGCUGAUAGACAGGGCUUAGAACUCACAGUCCUAUAAUGAUGUGCUCCACACCCAUCCAAUAGACAUCAAUCUUAUUUGUAGCACAAUAAUUGAAUGCAUUUUUUUUCCUGAAUGGAUGCAAAGUUAUAUAUGAGUAUAUAUUUGAGCAUAUUAAUGAAAUGAACAGGAGAAAAUAUUUUGCUAUUUUCUCAAGAUUAUUUUUAAAGUGGAGGGUACUGUUCAGCUGCUUCCAAAACACUUCACUAUAGUCUUACUCUUUUGAAAUUCCUCUGCUGUCACUGCUUCGCAAAUGCAUGUUCUCUACCAUCACCAGUCUAACCAAUCUCAUUCAGUUUCAAUAUUAUGGUGGGUCAAGAUGUACUGUAGAAAUACUGUUGAGGCCAAAAGUUUACAUACACCUAGGCUAAAGAUAUUCAAACUCAGUUUUUCACAA